CUGUUUUUUUUUUUGUUAUUUAGGCGCGCUCUUUCUUAAAAUAACACCUCACUCCUUGUAAGCGAUCUUGUGUGAGUUUCAGCGCACUUCUCGAACAAUACAGAGCGGCGUGUGAGAAGUGUGAAUGAGUAGAUAAUUGAAAUAGUGUAAUGAAUAAUCGCACUGAGUCUUGCAGCAAAACAAAAACCGAUAAUGUCAUAUCAAAACAUUCUGAUCAGUAAUAAAAUAAAAUAUGCGAUCGACGUGAACGACAACAAAGUGGCCGAUAGAAGUUGAAAUACAAAUAAAGUGAACAAUCAAAAUACAUUAUACAAUAAGUAAAUAAAAACAUUCGAUAAGACGCCAAACAUGUUCGACUGCGGCAGAGUAUUCCAAUAAUGUUUGCAUAUGAAAACAUUGAAGGAGAUCCAUUGGAUGUGUAGUGCCAAAGGGCCAACAGUUGCUCGCGAUACAUAGUGGAGUGUGGUUGCAUCGGCCAGCUAAAUGUGUUAGAUAAACGGAAAAAAAGUGUAAUUAGAUAACAAAAGCGAGCAGAAGUUAAAAAAAAAUUUAUAAACGAAUUAAAAAUAAUCAGCAACAAAACGGGUUUAAUUAAAAAGUUUCCAAUAACAAACAAAUAAAAGUUGAGUGUGACGUAGUUUUUUAUCAUACAACAUUUUUAUUUUUUUUUUUUUGUUGUAGCUCAACCAUGUCAAGCAACACACCUGAUGCAGAAGUGUUGGUGCACACAGCACUGGGCAUGCUCAAAGGUCAACGCAACACAUCCAUUUACGAUGACAAUUACUACAGUUUCGAAUGUAUUCCCUUCGCUCAGCCGCCGUUGGGUGCACUGCGAUUCAAAGCCCCUUUGGCCGGCACACCGUGGCAAGGUGUGUUGGAUUGUACACAAAAAGCCAAAAAGCCACUACAAAAGAAUCCGCGCACAAAUGAAAUUGAAGGCGAUGAGGAUUGUUUAUAUUUAAAUAUCUAUGCUAAAAAGCUUGCAUCUGACAAACCUCUACCAGUUAUGGUCUUCCUCUAUGGCGGUGGCUUCGAAAGAGGUGAUCCUACACGCGAUCUACAUGGUCCAGAUUAUUUUAUGAUGAAAGACGUAAUAUUGGUCACAAUAGCGUAUCGACUGGGACCAUUAGGUGGGUAAAUUAUUAUUAGACGUGCUAUGUGCAGAUUGACGCAAGCAUACUAUUUAUGUGCGUAAAUGCAUUGUGUAUGGGUGCGUUCCAAAACGUCAAAAUACAAAGCAUCAGUCUCUUUUAUUUCUAAACCACACUAGGAGAAAAAGCCUAACUUGCGCAACUAAGUAGAAAGCUAGCAUCUAACCGUGGUUGCGCACAUUUGGCAUUAAAAU